AUGAUUUGGCUGUCCUCGCCGUCGCACGCACUCCUGAGGCUCUGGAAGAGGCUGCCAAUCCCACAAUCGAUGCCAUUGACGAUUGGAUAUGGAACCAUGGUCUCCAGCUUUCACAUCAUACUAACCAGGACAUGGGUAUUUUACUUCCCUAUCUUGUUUGCCAGUGGUCAUCCAGUUGCAGUCAAAAAGAACCUGUGUUAUUUUGAACUACAUAUAGGUUCUCACCUCACCUUCAGCAGCCAAUUAAAAACCGUCUUCGGAAGGGCUUCACAGGUAGUCCGAACCAUUGGAUCUCUCAUGCCCAACCUUAAAGGACUCUCCAAAUCCAAGAGGGCGUUACUAAUAUCGGUGGUUGGCAGUAAACUGCUUUACGCAGCCCCGACACGGGCUAAUUACGCGACCAAGAUUGCGAAAUGCCGUAACUUCCUGAUUAGGGUACAAAGGACCGCAAGGAGCAGGACCAGAGAAUAA